GUGGCCACCGGAAGUGCGGGGCGCGCGGGAGCGGAAGGGAGAGACAGAAGAUUCAGUCAGUCAGCCAGUCAGUCAGUCAGUGAGAAAGAGAAAUGUCCGGCGGAGGAAUGAGCAGUAUCGAGGCGGUGAAACGUAAGAUCCAGGUGCUACAACAACAGGCUGAUGAGGCGGAGGAGAAAUCCGAGAGGCUGAGCCGGGAUUUGGAGGGAGAGAAGCGAUCCCGGGAGACGGCUGAAGCUGAGGUUGCCUCUCUGAAUCGCCGUAUUCAGUUAGUGGAGGAGGAACUGGACCGGGCACAAGAGCGCCUCUCUACUGCACUACAGAAACUGGAGGAGGUGGAGAAGUCAGCUGAUGAAAGCGAGAGGGGGAUGAAGGUGAUCGAAAACAGAGCCCUGAAAGAUGAGGAGAAGAUGGAGCUGCAGGAAAUCCAACUGAAAGAAGCUAAACAUAUAGCAGAAGAAGCAGACCGGAAAUAUGAGGAGGUUGCCCGGAAGCUGGUCGUUAUCGAGGGGGACCUCGAACGUACAGAAGAGAGGGCUGAACUGGCUGAGUCCAAAUGUGCCGAGCUGGAGGAGGAGCUGAAAAAUGUGACCAACAACCUGAAGUCCUUAGAGGCUCAGGCUGAGAAGUAUUCCAAAAAAGAAGAUAAAUAUGAGGAGGAAAUAAAGAUUCUGUCAGACAAGCUUAAAGAGGCUGAGACCAGAGCAGAGUUUGCUGAGAGGUCUGUGGCCAAACUUGAGAAGACCAUUGAUGAUUUGGAAGAGCGACUGUACUGCCAAAUGGAGAAGAACCGGCUUCUCUCUUGUGAGCUGAAGGUCACCCUUCAUGACCUGUGUGACUGAGCUCCCACUCUCCGUAUUCACUCUGGGUGGGCUCCCUGUGCUGUGGAACUGUACCUUAGCGCAUGACUUACCUCUCGUUGUAUCUCUAAGGAAUGAAAGUGGUGCCGUCUGUCAGCUUGAUUCCUCUUCUGUCUGUGUGCCGACCCUUUCCGACCCUCCUAUUAAUAAGGUGCAUGACUAGUGACUGUCGGGCUCCAGCUGGCAGUUGACUAUACAUAACAAGAAAAGAUUCUCUAUUCCCUUUGAUCUUCAUGAAAGUCACUUUAGUUUAUCAGUUUGGGGGAAGUCAAUAUGGCCGCCAUCAUUAUAUGGCAUCAACACCGACCUUGGCCCAGUAGCCCUCUUGGACUCUAAGACUGGGGCCGCUUGUUAAAAUACUAAAAUAUAGACGUGGUCUGUUUUGUUGCACUUUAAACCGUUACUCCUCUGCGUAAGGACAGUAACGUAACCCUGGGGGUGCUUGUAUGUACUAACCAGGUAGCCUAUCUGUAUGGGGAAGACCAGACUGUGCCCCUUUAAUGUAAAUGGGCUGUUUCACAUUGAUUGACAUUUAAGUAAGAAGUUCCCUCCCACAUGAAUAUGAUGUAUAAUGUACUAAUUGGGUGGGGGUAGCAGACAAAUAUUUUGAUAUUAUUUAUGACAUCUUACUUCCUGUCUGGUUAAAUCACAGCAGCCCAGUCUUGCUUUAUGGCAAGUAUUCUAGAUAGGACUCCAUAGUCUGUCGUGACCAGUCACCCUUUAUCCCAGUCUCUAUUCAGAUAUUGGGUGGGUGAGAGUAUUUCAGCAGUGGGUUUCGACUGUCUGACACUCAGCAAAUGAAUUUCCGAGUCCUGCCAUGUUGUGGCAUCUUGUCUGAUGAUACCAGAACAUUCUUUCAUACAAUAGCGACUUGCUCUUCGGCUCUCCCGGCUCUUUAAGACACCGCGGCUGUUCCCACAUUGUGUCCGUUCCAGCAUGGGGGGGGGCUCUACUGACCAAUACGGCAGCCCCUGUAUUGUAUAAUGUUACUGACUGAGCUUGUACCCCCGCCAUCAUCUCAUACUUGGACUAUACCUAAUAAAAUCCCAUGUUGAAAUGCA